AUGAGCUCCUGUUCCCGAGGGCCAGCCACUCUUAAGAUCUCUCCCACUCACAGCACAUUCCCUUGCUCUCUCUCUCUCUCUCUCUCUCUCUCCCUUCCUUUGCUGCUCCCCUGUUUCCUGCUGUGUUUCCUCAUCCCUUCUUCAGAGCCACCUCUCUCCCUCUCUCAACUAGGAUCUACAAACCAGCUCUUCAAGGAAAUGGCUUCUAAACAGCAUAUGGGCUACAAGUGUCGCAUAGCAGGAGUGCUGCUUCUCCUUUUGGCCAGUAUUGCUGCCCUUGUUGCUGUCGUUGUCAUCCAAGACACCUGGAAGUCCAAAGAGUACAGCUUCGAGUAUGGCAUAGUGAUAGACGCAGGUUCAUCACGUUCCAAUGUGUACCUGUACAAGUGGCCAGGGGAGAAGGAGAAUGAAACAGGAGUUGUGACUGAGACAAUGAACUGCAAAGUUUUGGGUGCUGGAAUCUCAGACAUGAAAGUUGACCCACAGAAAGAUGCCGAAUCGUGGGAUGGAUUCAAGCAAUGCAUGGACAACGUCACAAAUGCCAUUCCUGUUAUAAAACACAAAACCACACUUCUCUUUCUGGGAGCUACUGCUGGAAUGAGACUGCUACAUCAGAAGGAUGAACAAAAGUCCAAUGAAAUCCUGGGAAGUCUCAGAGAAUACCUGGAAGCUUUGCCUUUCAACUUCCAAAAUGCUUCCAUCAUGAGUGGUCAAAAAGAAGGGCUGUACGGGUGGAUCACUGUCAACUACCUGAUGGGAAACUUCCUAGAGAAAAACCUUUGGAACAUCUACGCACACCCAGAAGGGGAAAAGACUGUAGGGUCAAUGGACCUUGGUGGAGCAUCAACACAGAUCGCCUUUUCAGUCCAGGAUGAUUUAUGGGGACCUGACUACAUUCAUGUCAAACUGUACGGUUACCCUUACAAUGUCUACACACACAGUUUCCUCUGCUAUGGCAAAAAUGAGGCUGAGAAGAGGAUUCUGGACAAAAUAGUUAAGGAAUCAUCUGACCCAUCUUACAUUAUUAACCCAUGCUUCGCUGAAGGUUACAACGUCACCAUGAACGCCAUGGACAUUUAUGACACAGAGUGUACAAUGAAGCCAGACGACUACAACCCAGAUCAAGAACUCUUCAUGGUGGGAACCUCCAACUCAGACAAGUGCAGGAGCAUAGUGAAGUCCAUCUUUGAUUUCAAAAACUGUUCCUCAUCCCAGUGUUCCUUCAAUGGGAUCCAGCAGCCACCCGUCGCUGGAGAUUUUAUGGCAUAUGCAGGAUUCUUCUACACUGCUAGGGCGCUCGGGUUAGAGGGAAGAUCAGACCUUGAUCAAUUCAGCGCCUCAAUUAGGAAAUUCUGCGAUUCACAUUGGACAGUGCUGAAGGCAGAGAAUACAUGGAUCUUAGACAAAUACCGUAGGACUUACUGUUAUGCAGGUCACUACGUCUAUACAAUGCUGGUGGAUGGAUACAAGUUUGACAAUGAGACCUGGAAAAACAUUGACUACCGAAGACAGGUGAAGAAUACCAGCAUAGGUUGGAGUUUGGGCUACAUGCUGAGUAUGUCCAACAUGAUCCCGUCUGAAGUGAAAGAAAUCACCCCCCUGACAGACCCCGUCUUUGCCGGCCUUGUCUUUCUAUUUUCAGCCCUAACAAUCACAACUGUUGUCUUAGUUUUCAUAAUCCUCAUUCGCACUUGCUUCUGAGAGUUUCGGUCACAAAGGCGAGGAAUGGUCUGCCAUUGUAAGCCUUGGGGUUGUUGUUAUCCGGCAAGUAGUAGGAGAGCGCUACAGCAGCAUUUGCUGAGGCACUUAUUUUUUCAGCUUGAGUCAUUUACUGACUUUAAUUUCAAUUAUGAGAGUUCAUGUGAAGUGAAGGAAAACCUCUCACUGUGUAUCCUGCUAGUGACUUUGAGUCUUUGAGAUAGUUUCACUGGUGUGACUGGUUUUAUUGAGACAUUAAUAAACCCCUCUAAAAAAAUAUUUUUCAACCGGUAAAAACAGGUGACACACAAGUCCCUGAAUAACUCACAGAUAAUAAAAUGGAACCCAGAAAUGUCCACUACUUGUUCUUGUCGCACAUUGUGUAAUGCAAUUGUAUUUAUAAUUGUGUGCUUACACACAUGGACCCUCAGGCAAACCAUCACUCACUGAUUGAUUCUGUAUUAUACAUGUAACUGCACUUAAUGGAUUCCGCUUUAAAUACAGUAGGCACUUCUGCCACUUCAGUGUUUUUUAUUAUAUACUGUAUACUGUAUAUCAGGGAUAGGCAUUGUUUGGCACAAGUACCACUAUUUUUACACGGUAGCUUUACCAAUGGCACACUUGCAGUGCGUGCUCUCUCAUCUGCAUGAAAAAUGACCUCUUCCCCCAUCAUUGGCAAGUUUGAUGUGACAAAAGUUUUGUUUUUUUAAGACCCGCCCUACUCUGCCUCUGAUUGGCUAGUACUUGUUGCCUUCCGAAUAUAAUUUGUCAAGUUUAUUGUUGUUGAACAAGCUUGGAGGAAGGUCAAGAGGUUAAUAAUUUCAACUCAGAUGUGGAUGUUGGAUGUGGAAGGAUAACAGCCUUCUAGCCUUCUUCCAUAGUGCUCUCAUAUAUAAUAGCAAUGUCCCGAUUAUGAAAGUUUUUUUUUAUAUGUCGCUGUGCACAUUGGAUAAAAUAAAAUGAUGGAUCCGCUGGGAUUCAUGUUUUGUUGUGGUGUCAUAAUUAAACUUAAUGGUAACCUUAA